AUGUAUGACUCCAGCCUUCGACACGGCAGGCGUUGGUACUUGACCUUGACUCAUCACCGGCGGAGGGGCACUUGCACCUCAUCCGGCCUCUGUGACGUUAUUGGAUGGCAUCAUUGUCCGCUUGCCCCUCUUACCCUCUCACUACGAAAUGUACAGAGUGGCUCGGGCAUUCAGUUUCUGGUCCAUGCUUCAUCUGGAUAUGCGUAUCGGGCUCAUCCUCCACUCAGAUCCUGA